CAGACCAAGUAGAAGACUGUGCUGUUGGGGGCAGGACUGACAAUUGGGUGGUUGCAUCCUCAGGAAUAGGACUUCUGGCCCACGCUGCGAAAAGUCUCAGAGUUCUGAUUCUUCUGCUCUCUAAACAACUCUACGAGGUGACCGUAAUAUCUCUCCUGCACUCACAUCAUGACCGCGAAAAGUAUUGGAUUCUUCUUAUUCCUUCUUGGUUGUCUGAGAGCUGCUAUAAUGGAAGAAAUAUAUGGUAUGGUUGGAGGCGAUAUUGAUCUAAGUUGCAUCAGUCCUGGAAAAAAACAUUUUGAUUUAAAUAAAAUAAGUGUUUAUUGGCAAACGAAAAAUGAACCACUCAAAACUAUUAAUGCCUAUAUUCCUGGAGACGAUACCUCUCAAUAUAUUGAUUCUAAAUAUCGGAACAGAACAUCAUUGAAACUUGAAAAAAUGGAAAGAGGCGAUUUUUCUCUGCAUUUGUCUAACAUCACCAUAGAAGAUGAACUGGAAUUGGAAUGCAUUGUUGUAAACACAUCUAAUACUGACCCUCUUUUCAGAUCUCCAGUAAAUCUUCGUGUGGCAGCAAACUACAGUAUUCCAGUAGUAGAAGCUCCAAAGAAGACCAAUGAUACAGAAGUUACUUUUACCUGCACUUCCCACAAUGGUUUUCCAAAGCCAAAGAUUUACUGGGUAAACAAAACAGAUAAUAGUUUGCUUAAUCAAAGCCUACAAAAUGAUACCUUCACCAUCAAUGAGAAAGGUUUAUACAGUGUCUCCAGUGUGCUGAAGAUUACAUGGACUCCUAACAUCAGAAUUGAAUGCUGUAUAGAAAAUGUGAAUCUACAGCAAAACCUAACAGUUCAGUCAAGCUUUCUUCUUUCUCAAGACGGAAGCACAGAUCAUCAUAUAAUCACCACUACCCCAAAUCAGUCUAUACCAUCUGGGAAAACAUCAAUUAUCACCCUUUUUAUUAUAUUUGGAAUUGUAUUUGUAAUUGUUCUGGUGAUUGUGAUUUCAGUUAGAAAGCUACGUAAGAACAAACAUCAUUAUGGAGAUUACACAGGUCCCCAGGGAAACAGACAGAUGGCAGAAACCACCGACUACAUUUGAAGGAGACCAAUGCAAAACUAGAUAGCUGACUAUAAACUACCACAUGACAAAGACAAUUUUGAUUAGACACUGCUUGACCAAAUGUUCUUCUGCUACAGAGAAGAAAUGACGUACUCUCAAACAAAAAGAAAAGGAAUUGAUUAUCUUCUACUUUUCUACUCAUCUUCCAAAGAAGAUUAAAAAUAGCCAUCUGGAACUCAAAACAUUGGGACUGUAUCUUUGAGAAACUGGAGUACUGUUGUAUUAUGGAAAUGUCAUGGUUGCAACUCUUGAAAAGUGCUGACUGCAUGGAAGCUAAAUGAUGAAGUGGAUAAAGCACUGGCCCUAAAGUCAGAAGGACCUGAGUUCAAAUCCAUUCUUUAGACACUUAACUCUUACUGACUGUGUGAACCUGGGCAACUCACUUAAUACCAAUUGUCUUGCAAAAAGAAAGAAAGAAAUAGAAUUACUGAUUGCACUGAACCCGGCUAGAUGAAGAAUGAAGCUAAUUCAGGAAUUUUUUUGGAGGGUCAACAACAUUCAAUAGUAGAAGAACCAAAGAACACUUUCCCUGAAUAAUUGUUAACUAUUGACCUUGGUAGAAAUGGGGGAACUGUGCUGAAGAGCAAAAGCUAGUCUUUGUUUUGUUUUGUUUUUUAAUUUUUUUCUUUCCUCUCUCCAUUCUAUAAGUGCCCAUCUUCCCAACUUCAACUCCAAAAAUAAUCAAAAUAUGCAAAACUAGGAAUUAAGGCAUUUUGGUAUGGAGUUUCUGAAAUGGGAAAAGGUGACAUAACUAGCAAGAAUGUAGUUUAAAUGAUUGCACUGUACACUUUUGACUAUAUAAGAUAAGAGUAUAUACUGUGUGGCCUUGGGAGGUAGCUACCCUACUAUGGAAGUGAUUCCUUAUCUUCUACUCCCUGAGAAAUACCCAUUCCCUAUGCCACCCUCUUUGAAGACACGAUAGUGUAUAAAAAGACAGUGAAUGCUUUUAAUUCCUGUGGAUCAGAGAGGCAAGAGUGGUAGAUUGAUCACCUGAACUGGGAAGUUCUAAGCUAUAGUAGGCUAAAUCAAUUGAGGUCUAUAUUGAGUCCACCAAUGAUAUGAUGAGCCCUCAAAAGCAAGGCAACACCAGGCUGCCCAACAAGGGGCAAAGAGGCACAGGAUGGAAAUGGGACAGAUCUAAGUUCGUCAGUAGAGCUGAGCAAUAGUGGAAUUGAGUCUGUGAAUAGCCCCUGUGUUUUCAGUAUUCUUCCCCUCCAACAAAUGAGAAGAAAAGGCACUGCUUAGGUAUAGCAAAGUUUUUUGUUUUGUUUUCAUUCCCUAAUAACUAAAUUCAAUAAAAUCAUUUGGUACCAUAA